GCAGAGGCUCGCGGGAAGAAACUUGUGCCGCCGAAACUUUGACAAACACCGUCAAAUGUCUGUCACAUAGCGAACACUAUUCGAAAGUGUAUGUUGUUGGUGAACUCUUACCAUGUCUGACGAGGCUGAGGAAAGCGACAGCGGCGACAGAGCGCAUCUCUCCGAGUCUCCCUCCCCACCGCUGUCCGUCUGUCUUCCCCGAGGGUCUCCCUCCUCUCCACGGCCCCUGGACUUGUUCUCCUCCGCCUCUCGGCUCCUGGACGACACAGAUCCGCCUUACCUCGCCACUCCGGAGUGUCAUCGCCAUUCUCCGGAGCACCGGGAGCCCGGGGACUGUCCACAUUUUACGCCGCCAAAGUUCCGGCAGCGCGCCGGGGUUGCCGGUUCUCCGUUUCGUUCGCAGCAGGAUGUGCGGGUCGAUGCCGUGCUCGACUGUUACGAUGACCCGUUUCCCAAGUGGAGAGGACGAGGCGCAGCAACCGCUGAACGCGUUCAGCACCGCGGACAGAGACUCCACCGGGGCCCCGAGCUCGUGGACUACGGGAACCACUACACCGUGGAGCACAUAGACACCGAGUUCAAAUCCGACUCCCGGCAAACGGUGGAAGCCAUGCAUCGCCGGCACACCACACUGAGGGAGAAGGGGCGUCGCCAAGCAGUGCGAGGCCCUGCCUACAUGUUCAAUGAACGUGGCUCACCGCUCACUGCGGAGGAGGAGCGCUUCCUGGACGCUGCUGAAUACGGGAACAUUCCUGUGGUGCGUAAAAUGUUGGAGGAGUCCAAAACGCUGAACUUCAACUGUGUUGACUACAUGGGACAGAACGCCUUGCAGCUGGCGGUGGGCAACGAGCACCUGGAAGUCACUGAGCUGCUGCUGAAGAAGGAUGGCUUGGCAAGGAUCGGGGACGGCUUGCUUUUGGCUAUCUCCAAGGGUUACGUCCGAAUUGUUGAAGCCAUUCUCGCCCACCCCGCCUUCGGUGGAGGUCUCCGACUCACCUUGAGCCCUCUGGAGCAGGAGAUGCGCGAUGACGACUUUUACGCCUACGAUGAGGAUGGAACACGCUUUUCCCACGACAUCACGCCCGUCAUCCUGGCUGCUCACUGCCAGGAGUACGAGAUUGUCCACAUCCUUUUGACGAAGGGGGCGCGCAUAGAGAGGCCCCACGACUACUUCUGCAAGUGUUCGGAAUGUGUGGAGAAACAGAAGAAAGACUCGUUCAGUCACUCGCGCUCCAGGAUGAAUGCUUAUAAAGGUCUGGCCAGUGCAGCUUACCUGUCGCUCAGCAGCGAAGACCCUGUGCUGACUGCGCUUGAGCUCAGCAAUGAACUAGCGAGGCUGGCCAACAUCGAGACCGAAUUUAAGAAUGACUAUCGCAAGCUGUCCAUGCAGUGUAAGGACUUUGUGGUGGGUGUGCUGGACCUUUGUCGAAACACAGAGGAAGUGGAGGCCAUACUGAACGGUGAUGUGGACCUGUGCCCCCCGAGGCCCUACAACCGACCCUGCCUCAGCCGAAUCAAACUGGCCAUCAAGUACGAAGUCAAAAAGUUUGUUGCUCAUCCUAACUGUCAGCAGCAGCUGAUGACAAUCUGGUACGAGAACCUGCCCGGUCUGAGGCAACAGUCCGUCGGGGUGAAAUGCUGGACAGUGCUGGGAGUCACUGUGGGUUUGCCCUUCCUGGCCAUUGCCUACUGGAUCAUGCCAUGUAGCAAGAUCGGUCAGAUCCUGCGAAGCCCCUUCAUGAAGUUUGUGGCUCAUGCCGUCUCCUUCACCGUCUUCUUGGGUCUGCUGGUCGUCAACGCGUCCGACCGCUUCGAGGGCGUCAAGAACCUGCCCAACGAGACCAUCACAGACCAUCCACGACAGGUGUUCCGGGUCAAGACCACCCAGUUCUCCUGGACAGAGAUGUUGAUCAUGAAGUGGAUUUUGGGUAUGAUUUGGUCAGAGUGUAAGGAGAUCUGGAGUGAUGGCCCCAGGGAAUACGCCAUGCAUCUUUGGAACGUUCUGGAUUUCGGCAUGCUCUCCAUCUUCGUAGCGUCCUUCACGGCGCGCUUCAUGGCGUUCCUCAAGGCGACCAAAGCUCAGCAGUAUGUGGAUAUGCAUGUACCAGACGAUGACCUGAGCAAUGCCUCGCUACCUGACGAAGUCGCUUACUUCACUUAUGCCAGAAUCAAGUGGCGGCCGUCCGAUCCCCAAAUCAUCUCAGAAGGCCUGUACGCCAUUGCUGUUGUGCUGAGCUUCUCACGCAUUGCCUACAUCCUGCCAGCCAAUGAGAGCUUUGGCCCGCUGCAGAUCUCUCUGGGACGCACGGUCAAGGACAUCUUCAAGUUCAUGGUCAUCUUCAUCAUGGUGUUCGUGGCCUUCAUGAUCGGCAUGUUCAACCUGUACUCGUACUACCUAGGAGCCAAAUACAAUCCUGCCUUCACCACCGUGGAGGAGAGUUUUAAAACCCUCUUCUGGUCCAUCUUCGGCCUGUCGGAAGUCAUCUCAGUGGUGCUGAAGUACGACCAUAAGUUCAUCGAGAACAUCGGCUACGUGCUGUACGGGGUCUACAACGUCACCAUGGUGGUCGUCCUCCUCAACAUGCUCAUCGCCAUGAUCAACAGCUCGUACCAGGAGAUAGAGGAGGAUGCUGACGUGGAGUGGAAGUUUGCCCGAGCCAAGUUGUGGCUCUCUUACUUUGACGAGGGCCGUACGCUGCCCGCUCCCUUCAACCUGGUUCCCAGCCCAAAGUCCUUCUACUACCUGGUCCUCCGCAUUAAGUCCUGCCUGAUCCACCUCUGCAAAGGCAACGGUCAUCUUCGCAACAGCGAGCUGGAGAUGGGCAUGCUCAAUUCACAAGCAAGGCAGGACGAGUGCUUCAGGUCUUAUCCACGACCGGGAGACGAGUUCAUCCACAGGAAGUCUCAAAAACACCCAACCAGAUAUGAGAAGAUCAUGAAGCGCCUGAUUAAGCGUUAUGUGCUAAAGGCUCAAGUCGACAGGGAGAAUGAUGAAGUCAACGAAGGUGAACUGAAGGAGAUCAAGCAAGACAUUUCAAGCCUCCGUUACGAGCUCCUGGAGGAGAAGUCUCAGGCCGCCGAUGAACUGGCUCUGCUCAUCCAGCAACUCGGUGACAAGUUUGGCAAGAACACCAUGAGACACUGACAGUAUUCGCCAGUAGGCAGGAGAGUGGGAGAUGUGAGAGAGGGUGAAAUCACGACGAGGGCGGAAAAGCAGAGGGAGUUUUCAGGUUUGAAUGUGGAAGAGGAAGAGAGACGUCAGAGCCAGGGAAGCAAGUGGGAGAGUGAAAAAUUGCUAACACAAGGUAAAAUGCAUACGUUUGGAUAUGCAAUGACCAAUUAGGGAGGAAUUUAAAAACAGUGACUUCAAGUGAGCGUGAGGUGAAAGUGUCAGAGGUGAAGUGUGUGC